AGAAUCUUGAACUGAAGCAAGCCGAUUUACACUUGAAGGGAGAAAAAUGGCCAACUCUAGCAUCCCCACUGUUGACAUCUCACCCUUUCUAAGACAAGGGGAUGAGAAUGGCAGGAAAGAGGCCUUAAAAAUCAUUGGCCAAGCUUGCUCUGAGUAUGGAUUUUUCAAAAUUGUUAACCAUGGAGUGCCACUCGAAUUGAUGCGCAAAGCCUUUGAGCAUUCGAGGACGUUUUUCGACUACCCGGACGAGGAGAAGCAUAAGUGCAGCGCUGCUUCUGGUGCUCCCCUUCCUGCUGGUUACAGUAGGCAGCCUGCACACUCUCCAGACAAGAAUGAAUAUCUGCUGGUGUUUCCUCCUGGAUCUGGAUUCAAUGUUUACCCCCGAAACCCACCUGGAUAUCGGGAAGUAAUAGAAGAGAUUUUCAGCCAUAUGACCAAGAUUGGAUCAGUUGUGGAGAACAUUAUAAACGAGUGUUUGGGACUCCCUCCCAACUUCCUCAAGGAGUAUAAUCAUGAUAGGAGCUGGGAUUUCAUGGCAGCUCUGCGUUACUUUCCGGCCACAGAAACAGAAAACAAUGGGAUAACAGAGCAUGAAGAUGGAAACUCUAUCACUCUUGUUUUCCAGGAUGAAGCAGGAGGCCUAGAAUUGCGCAAAAACGGGGUAUGGAUUCCAGUACCUCCUGCUGAAGGCACAAUAGUCGUCAACAUAAGCGAUGUUAUUCAGGUGCUUAGCAACAACAAAUUCAAGAGCGCAACACACAGAGUGGUGAGACAAGAAGGGAAAAGCAGACACUCUUAUGCAUUUUUCUAUAACUUGGAGGGAGACAAGUGGGUUGAACCAUUGUCACAGUUCGCCAAAGACAUUGGAGAGGCACCAAAGUACAGGGGAUUCCAGUUCAAGGAGUAUCAGCAGUUGAGGCUCAGAAAUAAGACCCAUCCACCUUCCAAGCCUGAGGAUGUGAUUCACAUCACCCAUUAUGCAAUCACAAACUAGCUGUAUCCAACUAUGCUGCUGCUGCUGCUGCAUCGGUGAGACUCAGUUCCAGCUUUUUCUGAAAAUUUCAUGCCAAAUUCAUGGUGGUAGUUGGCAUGUAGUUGUCUCUUAAAAUAAUGCAAGUUUUUGUUUUCUUAAGGAAACUCUGUACUGGAUGAUGAAAAUGGAUGUGACA